AUGGCACCUCAUCCUCUUCAACAGCUCUCUGUCCAAGAGACCAAGCAAGCGAAGGCCAUUCUCAUCUCUGAGCACGACAAAGAUGAGGUGCUCAUCAUUCGAGAGAUCUUCCUCCAGGAACCAGCAAAGGCAGAGCUUCAGAAAUUCCUUGCGCUCGAACACUCCAACAGUCUGACUCAGUCCUCCCCACGACCAUCACGACAAGGAUUGUGCCAGUACGAUGUCGUUGGCUCAGACAAGGUCCCUUACUUUCAUGAAGCAGUCAUCGACCUUAAUAAGAAGGCUCGCGUGAAGCAUGAAGUGAUUGGCAAGGAUCAACACGCUCCACUCAAGCUCGCCGAGUUCGACCAUCUAGUCGAUGCUGUCCAGGCCUCCAAGGAAAUCCAAGAUGCCAUCGCCGAAUUCGACAUCCCAGAAGGCUUCGAAGUCCUCGUAGAGCCAUGGCCAUACGGUGGCCCCGAUCUCGAUGAACAGAACGAUCGCUACUUCCAAGGUCUGAUCUUCGCCGUGGAUAAGAGGAACAACAACGCCGACUCGAACUUCUAUGCGUUCCCGCUGCCACUCAUUCCCGUCAUGAAUGCUCAGACCAAGGAGAUUAUCCGGAUAGAUAGACUUGCGACUGGAGGCAAGGGUGAUAGUAUGACCGGCCAGACUCAUGCCAAGGGGGUACUCGAUCACUGUAGGCCGGCCGAGUAUGUUCCAGAGCUUUUGCCGGACGGUGUUCGCAAGGACCUGAAGGCACUCAAUGUCGUGCAGCCCGACGGCCCAUCUUUCACAGUCCAGGACGAUUCCCUGAUCGAAUGGCAGAAGUGGAGGUUCAGAGUUACCUUCAACCCUCGCGAGGGAGCUGUCAUCCACGACGUAUGGUACGACGGCAGGAGCAUGUUCUACAGACUAGCCGUAUCCGAAAUGACAGUACCAUACGCCGACGCUCGCGCCCCUUUUCAAAGAAAGCAGGCCUUCGACUUCGGAGACGGUGGCGCCGGCAACUGCUCCAACAACCUCUCCCUCGGCUGCGACUGUCUCGGCGUAAUCAAAUACUUCGACGGCGUCCUUAUCUCCGGCGACAGCGAAGUGAAAGCAGCCCCCAACGUCAUCUGCCUGCACGAACAAGACAACGGGAUCGGCUGGAAACACACAAACUGGCGCACCGGCCGCGCCGUAGUAACUAGAAACCGCGAGCUCGUGGUCCAAUUCAUCAUCACCCUCGCCAACUACGAGUACAUCUUCGCCUACAAAUUCAACCAAUCCGGCGGCAUCGACAUUGAAACCCGCGCGACCGGCAUCGUAAGCUGUGUCAACAUCGACCCAGGCAAGCAAAGCGACUACGGCAACGUCGUCUCCCCGGGGGUCCUCGCCCAGAACCAUCAGCAUAUUUUCGCCGUCCGGAUUGACCCUGCCAUCGAUGGUCACGCCAAUACUGUAGUGCAAGAGGAGUCUCUCCCCGUGCCCAUGAACCCAGACACGAACCCGCGCGGCAACUACUACGAAGUGAAACGCACCCCAAUCACGAAAUCGAGCUGGGCAGACGCUGAGCCCAAGAACAACCGCGUCUUCAAAAUCAUCAACGAGAACAAGAAAAACCCCAUCAGCGGCAAACCAGUCGGCUUCAAACUCGUUCCCCCACCAACACAACUCCUGCUCGCAUCCCCCGACUCCGUCCAAGCCCAGCGCGCCACCUUCGCAACCCACCACCUCUGGGUAACGAAAUACAAAGACGACGAGCUCUACGCCGCAGGCCGCUACACGCUCCAGAGUCGUAAAGAGCUCGGCGGCGUGGCGGACGCCGUCGCCAGGAAUGAGAAUGUUGAGAAUGAGGAUGUUGUGGUGUGGUCGGUGUUUGGCCUGACGCAUAAUCCGAGAGUAGAGGAUUGGCCGGUGAUGCCGGUGGAGAUGCAUCAGAUAAAUCUACGGCCGGCGGAUUUCUUCGAGGCGAAUCCGUCGAUUGAUGUGCCGAGUGGGAGGAAUGCGGAGAGUAAGCUUGUGGUGGGGAAUGGAGGGACCGAUGCACAGCAGCAGAAUGGGAAUGGAUGCUAUAAUGGCGCGAAUGGACAUGCGCAGGAGGAGGUGAAUGGGGUUACGAAUAUUGUUAGGUAG